AUGGAGCCUUAUUACAACGAGCAGCAGCUACGCCUGCUCUCAGGCUCCUUCACCGGCUUGCGCCCGCUGCAGCGCCUCGGCCGCAGUUACUUUUCUGUUGCGAGCUUUCAGCAACCGCUCUGCGGCAAUGAAGAGGGUUGGGGCCCGAUUAGCAAGUACAGAUACGACUUUACUCCGUGCUUCAUCGAUGUCUGGCUGGCUACCGUGGCCGUGUAUGCCCUCAUCUUGGGUCCAGUUGCCCUGUGGUGGCUGCUGAGGAAGAAGAAGCCCUUGGAAGAAGGCUCCUCCAAGAAUGCUCACUUUUACAUCAAGCAGUCCCUUCUCGUCUUUCUCGUCGCCGACUUCGUCGUCCAACUCGGUAUUCAGAUUCUUGGCAUGCCCGGCAUCUGGUAUGGCGACUUCCGCGUGCUGACAACUUUUCUGACAAUCAUCUCGUUGUUGGUCAUCUUUUCGAUUCAGUGGGUUGAGCAUUCUCGCCUGCGGCACGCCAAUGGAGUCGUUCUCUUCUACUGGCUACUCCUCAUCAUCUCUCUCACCGUCAAGCUUCGAUCUCUGAUUUCACAACAAGUAUAUGAAGCGAAUCUACCUUAUUUUAUUACGUACUGCAUUGGAUUUGGCUCCACCAUUGUUGAAUUCUUGGUUGAGUGGUUGCGGCCUCGUCAGCAUGUCCCCAGUGGCUACGAAGCCAUCUCCGAGGAUGAGGAAUGCCCCGUCGAAUACGCCACUGUCUUUUCUCGCCUGACCUUCUCCUGGAUGACACCGAUGAUGCGAUAUGGGUACAAGGUCUUUCUGACCGAGAAUGAUUUGUGGGGGCUUGCCAAAUCGGAUCAGACCAAGGUUACAAGUGCAGCUUUUGAGAAAGCGUGGUCUCAUGAAUUGAACCACCGUCCCAAGUCUCCAUCACUUUGGUUGGCUAUGUUUCGUGCCUACGGUGGUCCUUAUGCAAUUGCUGCCCUCUUCAAGGUCGGGAACGACAUCACGCAGUAUGUCCAGCCGCAGCUGCUUCGUCUCUUGUUGACUUGGGUCAAAUCAUACAAUCGUGAGUACGGGGUGGUUGCCGAACCUGUUAUCAAGGGAGCAGCAAUUGCGCUGGCCAUGUUUGGUUGCGCCGUAUUCCAAACUACAAUGGUGCAUCAAUAUUUCCAAAUGUCCUUUGUCACUGGUAUGCGGAUUAAGGGCGGUCUAGCCUCCACCAUCUACCGGAAGUCCUUAAGGUUAUCUAACGAGGGGAGAUCAACAAAAACUACCGGAGAUAUUGUGAAUUACAUGGCCGUCGAUGCUCAGCGUCUUCAGGAUUUGACUCAGUUUCUACAACAAGCCUGGUCGGCCCCCUUCCAGAUUAUCAUCUGCAUGGUUUCGCUCUACAACCUUGUCGGAUGGUCAAUGAUGGCUGGUAUCGUCGUUAUGAUUAUUAUGAUGCCAGCUCAGGGAUGGGUCGCCCGAAUUAUGAAGAACUUGCAAAAAGACCAGAUGAAGAACAAGGAUGCCAGAAGCAGACUCAUCAAUGAAAUUAUCACCAACAUGAAGAGCAUCAAACUCUAUGCAUGGGGUGCGGCUUUCAUGAACAAGCUCAACUAUGUCCGAAACGAGCAGGAGCUCAAGAAUCUCCGACGAAUCGGUGCCACCCAGGCGUUUGCCAACUUCACCUGGAACACGGCGCCUUUCUUCGUCUCAUGUUCUACCUUUACAGUCUUUGUCCUCACACAGGAUAGACCGCUUACAACGGAUAUUAUCUUCCCUGCUCUGGCCCUUUUCAACCUGUUGACCUUCCCGCUGGCUGUUUUGCCCAUGGUCAUCACGUCCAUCGUUGAAGCGUCAGUUGCUAUUGGCCGAUUGACUGAUUUCCUUACUGCCGAGGAACUCCAGUCUGACUCUGUCACGGUUAAGCCUGCUCCCAAAGAAAUAGGCGAAGAAACGGUGCUCAUCCGCGACGGCACUUUCUCUUGGAACCGUCAUGAGACCAAAGAAGUCCUCAAGGACAUCGACUUCACCGCUUACAAGGGUGAACUGACGUGUGUCGUCGGCCGUGUGGGCUCCGGCAAAUCGUCCUUCCUGCAGAGUAUUCUUGGCGAUCUUUGGAAGGUUAAGGGGUCUGCUGAGGUCAGAGGCACUGUGGCUUACGCCUCCCAGCAGACCUGGAUUCUGAACGCAACUGUCAAAGAAAAUAUCGUCUUUGGAUACAAAUACGAUUCUGAAUUCUACGAGAAGACCAUCAAAGCCUGCGCUCUCUUGGACGACUUUGCUCAGCUGCCUGAUGGUGAUGAGACCGUUGUCGGUGAGAGAGGUAUUUCUCUCAGUGGCGGACAAAAGGCGCGAGUGUCUCUUGCCCGUUCUGUUUACGCUAGAGCCGACAUCUACCUUUUGGAUGAUGUUUUGUCUGCUGUGGACUCACAUGUCGGUCGUCACAUCAUCGAUAACGUCCUUGGCCCUCGUGGUUUGCUUUCGACCAAGACUAGAAUACUCGCAACCAAUUCCAUCCCCGUUCUUAAGCAGGCUAGCUUUAUCACCAUGCUGAGGGAUGGUGAAAUUGCUGAGAAGGGAACCUACUCGCAGCUGAUCGCUAAGAAGGGAUUGGUUGCCGACCUGCUGAGGACUGCCGGACACGAGUCGAACAGUGGCUCUGUUAACUCCAGCCCGCCUUCCAGUGAGACCUCAACUGUGAUUGAGGGUGAGCCUAGCUUUACUCAUGAUAAGGAGGAAGUAGCAGAGGCUCUAGAGGACGUUCCAGAGAUGGAGCCGAUCAAGGCUGCCACUCCUGCAGGCAAGAAAUCCCGUUCAGGUAGCAUGGCCACUCUACGACGUGCCAGUACUGCAAGCUUCAGGGGUCCUCGAGGCAAGCUUACAGAUGAGGAGCUCGCCGGCGCCUCACGGACAAAGCAAACCAAGGAAUUCGUCGAACAAGGCAAAGUCAAGUGGUCUGUAUACGGCGAAUAUGCCAAGGAGAACAAUCUGGUUGCUGUUGGGAUAUACAUUUUCGCCCUCUUGGCUUCCCAAUCUGCCAGCAUUGGGGGCUCUGUAUGGCUGAAAGAGUGGUCGGAGCACAACGAAAAGACGGGCUCCAACGACAGCAUCGGCAAGUACAUUGGCAUCUACUUUGCAUUUGGUAUCGGCUCAUCCCUACUUACGGUCGGCCAAACCCUGGUUCUGUGGAUUUUUUGCUCCAUCGAGGCCUCCCGUAAGCUCCAUGAGCGCAUGGCCAACGCGAUUUUCAGGUCUCCAAUGUCCUUCUUUGACACCACGCCCGCCGGCCGCAUUCUCAACAGAUUCUCCAGCGACAUUUACAGAGUCGACGAAGUCCUGGCGCGCGUGUUCAACAUGUUGUUUGUCAACGUCGCCAGAUCCUGCUUUACCCUUGGUGUCAUCUCUUUCUCCACACCCGCGUUCAUUGCUUUGAUUGUCCCACUGGCGCUUACCUACUACUGGAUUCAGCGAUACUAUCUCCGCACGUCUCGAGAGCUCAAGAGACUUGACAGCGUCAGCCGCAGUCCCGUCUAUGCUCACUUCCAGGAGUCUCUUGGCGGCAUGACCACUAUUCGCGCGUUCCGUCAACAGGAGCGAUUUGAACUUGAGAAUGAAUGGCGAGUAGAUGCCAACUUGCGCGCCUACUUCCCCUCAAUCAGCGCCAAUCGCUGGCUAGCUGUCCGCCUGGAGUUUAUCGGCGCCGUGGUGAUCCUGGCUGCCGCUGGCCUCGCCAUAAUUUCCGUCUCGAAUGACAGCGGUUUGACUGAAGGCACCGUUGGUCUAGCUAUGUCGUAUGCCCUUCAAAUUACGACGUCGCUGAACUGGAUAGUUCGACAGACUGUCGAAGUCGAGACCAACAUUGUCUCGGUUGAGCGUGUUCUGGAAUUUGCCAGGCUACCCAGCGAAGCGCCUGAGAUCAUUGCUGAGAACCGACCGCCGAUUGCUUGGCCGGCAAAGGGCGAGAUAGAGUUUAGGAAGUACAGCACCAGAUACCGUGAGGGUCUGGACCUGGUUCUUAAGAACAUCAACCUGGACAUCAAAUCCCAUGAGAAGAUUGGCGUUGUUGGCCGAACGGGAGCGGGCAAAUCUUCACUGACCCUUGCGCUGUUCCGUUUGAUUGAGCCAGCUACCGGCCACAUUGCCAUAGACAAGCUAAACACGUCGACCAUUGGCUUGUUGGAUCUUCGACGUAGACUUGCCAUUAUUCCUCAGGAUGCCGCGCUUUUCGAGGGUACAGUUCGUGACAACCUUGACCCUGGACACGUUCACGACGACACUGAACUUUGGAGUGUUCUUGAUCACGCCCGUCUCAAGGAACAUGUAGCAAGCAUGGACGGCGGUCUCGAGGCCAAGAUUAACGAAGGGGGAUUAGGCUCGAAUCUCUCCCAAGGCCAGCGUCAACUCGUCUCGCUGGCCCGCGCCAUGCUUACGCCCUCCAACAUCCUUGUGCUCGACGAAGCCACGGCAGCUGUAGACGUGGAAACCGACGCGAUGCUCCAAGCCACCCUGCGCUCGCCCAUGUUCUCUAACCGCACCAUCAUCACUGUUGCCCACCGUCUCAACACCAUCCUUGACAGCGAUCGCGUCGUCGUCCUGGAUAAGGGUGAGGUGAUAGAGUUUGACACACCGGUCGAGCUAUACAAGAAGCAGGGUGUGUUUUAUGGCUUGAUGAAGCAAGCCGGCUUGGAGACUGAGCGAAAUACAACAAGUGAGGUGUAG